ACAGCGAUUUGUUGUUAUCGGUGUUCAGCUAGUGAUUGAGUAACAUUUUGCCGUGAUAAUUUGUGAAAUCGGAUCAAUUUUUCGCAUUUAUUCCACCUGCAAUGCUAUCCAUUCCAAGGCACAGUUUAGUGGCACGGUUUGCGCUCAAUCGUACCCUGCUUCCAGCGGUAUCCUCUCGUUGGAAAUCCUCUUCGGUGCCGUCAGAGAAGCAACCGGACGAUGAGUUCGACUCCGGUGGCAUCAAGAUCAGCACCAAACCGAGCCACCACAGGCUGGAGAAGCGCACUCCCUUUAUGAAGAACAUGUUCAUCGGAGUGGUGGACACCGACUUGCUGGUGUAUCCGGAAUCGCUCAAUCGGGACGAGCAAUCGCGGGUGGUCGCCGAGCGGGACACCUUGGAGGCAGUCGUCAAAAGCGGUGAAUCCAAAGAGAGCCUAGCGGAGAAACUUCGGCAAGCCGGGGUGUUCGGUCUGCAGUCUCCGUUGAACCACGGCGGAAAGCAGCUGAUCGAGACCGAGCUGGCCUAUUUUAACGAACUGGUCGGGUCAAAGGAUUUUGCAAUCGGGUUGAUCGCCGGCCAGCACAACGCCAUCGUUCAGUUGCUGAACCGGUUUGGUUCGGAUCGACUGAAGGACAGCUGUCUGGAAGCGUUGAGCAGUGGGAACUCGACAGUCGCCAGUGCCCUGUUCGAAGAGGAAGCUCCCUGUGGGACGAUGUUCAGCACCAUUGCCUCGCAGGAUGCGGAUCGUAAUCAGUGGCUGCUAAACGGGACCAAGUCGUUUGUGAUUAAUGGGGACAAGGCCGGAUAUCUGCUGGUGCUGGCGUCGACGAAGGCCAUGGAACAGAUGAAUGCUCAGGAUACCACCAUAACGGCGUUCCUGGUGGAUGCCCAAGCGAAGGGUAUCAAGAAGACCGAAGCCACGGAAACGUUCGGACUGGAGGACGUGAAACAGGUGACGGUGAGCUUCGAGAACGUCGAAAUGGGAAGUGAAAACAUUGUGGGAACCGAGGGUAGCGGGGCUGAAGUACUCGUAGAGCUUCUGAAAUCCACACGUGUUCAAACCAGCGUGUUGGGAGUCCAGCUUAUGAAGCAGUUCCUAAAUAGCCUUAUCAAGCACUGCAUCGAAACAAAAACUGGCGGAGGUCACAUCAUGGACAUUGAGAACGUUGGCGAAGAACUGGCCAAAUCGGCAUGCUCCAUCUAUGCCGCCGAGAGCAUGAUCUAUCUGACGACCGGUCUGCUGGACGACUUCGUCGGGCAAGACGCAGAUAUGGAAGCGGCCAUCACGAAGGCUUUCACCGCCGAAAAGUUGAUGGAGAUGGCCAUCCAGCCGCUGCGGUUCGUUGGCCUUCAGGCUCUCACCAAGGGACAUCCUCUGGAAGCACUUUUCCGCAACUCGGUGCAGUUCUUCGGGCAAAGCGAAACCAUUGAUUCCGUGAAGUUCUUCGUUGCCCUUAGUGGUCUGCAGCACGCUGGGAUGGCAACGCACGAAACGAUACGCAAGGACCGCAACCCGGCCAUGAACCCGUCGCACGUGAUAUCGAAAAUGUUCGAAAAGAACACCAUCGACAGCCCGAAGCAGUUCGUCAACCUGGAGCACUUUUUGCAUCCCUCGUUGGAUCCGGCCGCCCACUGGAUCGAGUUCUCCAUCCAGCGGUUGCGAUUGGCCACGGAGUGUGUUCUGUCGCGGCACGGUAGCGAGGUAGUCGGCCGCCACAUCGAACUGAUCCGGGUGGCCGACAUGGCGGUGCUGAUCUAUGCCAUGCUGGCGACGGCGGCCCGGGCUUCCCGGGCGUACUGCAUAGGGUUGCGCCAUGCCGAGCAGGAGAUCUAUCUGGCCAACACGUUCUGCCAUGAGGGCAGCGAGAAGGUUCGGGUGUUGGCCAAGCAGCUCGAACAGGGACAGUUUAUUACCACGGAUGCGAAUUAUUUGUCUCUUUCGCGGUAUUUGUACAAGCAGAAGGAGUACUUCUUCGAGCAUCCGCUGACGAAGAAUUUCUAGGGUGUUAAGUAUGGAAAUGUAGGUGUACAUUGUAAAUUUUGUUAGCCAAAAUCAA